ACCGAUUUCCGAUUGUUAUGAAAACUUGAAAUCGGCCAUUCCAUUAAUCGGUCGACCUCUAAUACUAGCCCCAACUUUUCAACAUUAGUCUCCAACAAUUUAAACUUCAGAAAUGAUUCCACUAACGUACAAAGACAGCUGAAGCAAGUCACACAAUUUGUUUGGAUGAAAAAUGACACUUUUCUUGUAAUUGUAGUUGAUGUAUAUGUUGUAACUCAUCCAUUACAGACUCAUCAGGGUAAAUCCUUGUGCAACCAGCCAGGAACAUCUAGCCAAUCUCAGGAUCCUCAUAUCAAGAAAGAAGCACACGAUGAAAGCCAUUCUUUCCGAUACCGCUUCGGAUACCAACAACUCAGAGUUACUUGCCAUACUCAUGGAACGGUCCUGGAUGCACUGCGAACAAGCACGGAGUUCAAGAAUACGACAAAGACAAGACAGGGGAUGGAAAUAGUCAUCCAAAGAGAGAAAGAACCACGGGCAGCUGUCAGUACACAUUUCCCCUGUCAUUUAAUUGAUAACGAUGAGCUACUGACAGUCAGCUUCAUCAGAGUUCUAAACGGUGGUUCUUCAGAUACCCAGGGCCUUUACAAACAGAGUAACACACCAAAAAUACAACCUGACAAGUUGAUGACUUUCUGUGUUGAAACUGAGGGUGGACAAAAUAUUAAAACGAAAGCAAUGAAAAACCCAGAGCUAAGGAAUAAAGUGAAGUAUGUUUGUGUGUACGGAUACAAAGGGGAAAGGGUGAAGCAAGCCUUGAGGAGAGAUGGGCGAUUUGACAAAACCGUCUUGAAAACAGGCUUUGUUCUUUCUGAGCCAGAGACCAGUGUCGACACAGAGAUGUCCCAGCUAGUUGAUGGUCUUGAUGGGAAAAGUUAUCAAGGUCGUAAAGGUGAAAUGUUGAUUGUGAAGGUGAAACGUAUCGGUCGUGUAUCUCAGCCACAGCCAGAUAGUCUUGAGGAUUGGGACAACACACCAACUGAAGAGCUGUCCGUCCCCUCUGGUGUAACAUUGGAAGCAGCUCUCUCUCCUCAGAAGCCUACCACAACAGACACAGUUAAAACACAGUUGCAGUCAAAAGAGGCAGGAAAAGAUGGUAGUUCUCUGGUAGUGAAGCAAAAAAGGCAAAAGAUUCCAAACUCUAAAGAGAUCCUAAGCAUCCUGCGUUCCCAAUAUGCAGGUUUGGUAGAUCACUUGAAAGAGAGAGAGAAUUUGAAAAAGCCUUCAGAUGUGCAACAAUUCUUGAGAGAAGAGUUUGGAAAGAAAACACAGAGCUUCCAAGAGGUGAAGAAAGUGAAGAGACUAAUAGAGCUGAGUGCUUCUGUUUGUCAGGUGAGAAUUGAAGGGAAUGCACAAGGAACUGGCUUCCUUCUGUUUGAAAAGUUAAUCCUUACAAACGCCCAUGUUGUCCAUCAAAUCUAUGAGCCGAUAACUAACAAGCUGCAACAAUCGGUAACAGUCACGUUUGACUUUGAAGACCUGGAUGAGAGAACGCAGCAGAUACCAGUGCAAAGUGAGGUUGUAGCCUAUGGAAAAGUUGAUUCGGGUUGUGUUGACUUUGCUUUGCUGGAGCUUAGCUCAGAUCCUGACAUCACCUUGCCUUCAAGCUUGCUUGACAGCUUCAGCUUUCCGUCUCUAGAGGGUGGAAUCUGCAUCAUCGGC